GUUUAAUUUCGUUAACGAAUCCAUUUUUGAGCCCCACGACCCCCACUCUAUUCUACAAAAUUAGGGUAGGGCUGUGACACGCUUUCGCUGACAAGUUUACCACCACAACACACUACGUCUUCUUACGAAAAACAAGACACGAUGAAGGUCGAAGUUUGCUCGUUCUCUGGCGCUAAGGUCUACCCCGGCUUCGGCCGUCUCUACGUUCGUGGAGACAACAAGGUCUUCCGCUUCGUUAACUCCAAGUCCGAAAGUUUGUUCUUGCAACGCAAGAACCCCCGUCGUCUUUCCUGGACCCAACUCUACCGUAGCAUGCACAAGAAGGGUGUCUCGGUUGAGCAAGCUAAGAAGCGUACUCGCCGUACUGUCAAGCACCAACGUGGUGUUGUCGGUGCUGACUUGAACGUCAUCAAGGAGAAGCGUAGCCAACGCCCCGAGGUUCGUGCUGCUGCCCGUAGCGCUGCCUUGAAGGCCCACAAGGAGAAGAAGGCUGCUUCCGAGUCUGCUAAGAAGGCCAACAAGGCCAAGGCUGCCGCCUCUAACGCUCGUGGUCAGGCUCGUCAUUAGAAAUAAAAUGCCUAGAACGAGGA